ACAAUUUUCUAGCGGCAUUUUUUGUUAAUCAUUUAUUAAGAGAAGUUUUGGCUGCGUAUACAGGUGAAAAACGCUAAUAUUGAAAAGUAAUAAAGGCCCAAAACAAAAACACUUUGAAAUCUAAACAAAUAUCUCAACAACCCACCGAAAUGGCGACAAAAAUAUUUGUGGGUAAUCUCCCGCCCGGCACAAAACCUGAGGAAUUACGACGUUUAUUUGAAGAUUAUGGUGUUGUGGUGGAAUGUGAUGUUAUGAAUCGGUGUGGAUUUGUGCACAUGGAAACAAAAGAAAUGGCCAACACAGCGAUUACUGCACUACAUGCCUCCGAAUUCAAAGGACAAAUGAUUGUUGUAGAGCUGGGUCGGCCGAAAGAUAGGAAAGCAAAUGCGGACAAUGGACGAGUGGGAAAUAUAAGGUCACGCGGUGCAGCACGUGCCGGAGGCGGUAGGAAUUCCGGACCAGGAAAUCGUGGUGGCAGACCAGGAGGAAGGGAUAGUGAUAUAAAUGAUGGUGGCAAUAAUAGGCAAAACUUUGGUAAUAAUUCCGGACGUGGCGCACCAAAAAAUAAAUUUAAUCAAGGUAGCGGUACUAUACGUAAUGAUCACUUCAAGCCACAACGUAACAUGCCUUAUAAUCGAAGAAAUGAUGGUCCGGCAGGAAUUUCGACUGACGCAAGCGGAAUGUUUGGUGGUAAUCAAAGAGGCAACUUUAAUAGUGGCAAUGCCAGCGGCUCUAGAGGUUUCGAUCGUGGAGUAAGUGACGGUGGGCAGCAAAAUUUCCAUAACUGGGACAAACAAACUUUUGAUGGGAACAGUCAUUUUGGUGGCAUGAACAAUUUCAAUGACACCGAGGGAUAUGGCAACAAUUCUGGAGGCGGUUAUGGCGGUAAUAAAGGUUUUGGAGGUCAGGGUCAGGAUAGAAGAGGUUUCGCCUUACCUAUGAGCGGACGUGGUGGUGGUGGUGGUCAACGUUUCGGUAAUGGCAAUACUGCUUUUGCUGGUGGUAAUUCUAUUGGUUCAUUUCGUGGAAGUGGAAUGCAAAAUAAUGCUGGCCCAUCAAAUAACUCCACCGAUGGUCUUUUCAGUCGAAGAAAUAACAACGGUUCAGAUGGCUAUGGAAAUAAUAUGCCGUCACGUAGUGGAUUUCAUGGCAGUUUUGGCAAUGGCCAAGGUGAUGGCAAUGCAAAAAGUGGCGGAUUUAGGCGUGAUGAUGGAGGUAACAAUGAAAGAUUUUCUGCGCAGAAUAAUUACAGUAGUAAUUUCCCGCCACUUGGAGCGCAUCGAAAUUUAGGAUUCGGCGGCCACGGAGGAGCUGCGCGUGCCGGUCGAGGUGGUGGAAAUCAACGCAAUGGCCCACGUCAAAAUGCGAUGCCCUAUCAACGUUUCUGAAAAUAACACCUAGUAAGCGAGUUCACCAAUCCGUUUAUUUGAGUAGAUUAUGUGGAAUUCGUGUAUUACAGUUAGACUAACUAUAUGAAUAGUCAAUUCAUAACGAGUGCACAUAUGUAUGUAAGCGAAAACUUUGCUGCUAAAAGUUAAUGUGUGAUUCGAAAACAAACUAAAUUUCACGGAGUCAUGUAAACAACUUCGGUUUUAUAAUAAUUAACAAUCAACAAAUAUUAGUAUAUAAGCAACGCAAGGUCGUCAAUAUUUUGUAUAUACUAACUAUCAAAUGUAAAGAACAUAGCAUAUUCUAAGUAUAGAACAAAAUAAUUAAAUAGGAAAAUUACAAAUUUACAGACAAA